AAUUCAGCAACGUGAAUUGGUUAUUCAAGGUUAUUCUAUAGAUUGUUAGGUCUUGUGGUUUCUCGUUAUCGCGCACCCGAAUAAGCUCUGCAGAACUUCAAAUUUAGACAGUUUUAAAUACAUGAAUGAGGAUUUCUCAAGUGCUUGCUAACCAUGUAAGAGCCAUAAUCAUUGGACCUCCAGGUUCUGGGAAAGCAACAAUAUCUGCGCGUUUACAAAAAGAUUUUCCUUUGGAAUACAUUAGCUCUGGUGAUGUAUUGAGGAAUCACGUAUCUUCCAAAACAGAUAUCGGAAUUCAGGCGAGCGAGUUUAUACGAGUGGGCCAACUUGUUCCUGAUAACUUGGUAGUUAAAAUGAUCGUAUCAAUGUGUCAGGAAUAUACAAACAGAAAUUUGCUUAUCGAUGGCUUUCCCAGAACUGUUGAACAAGCCAAGAGUAUUCAAAAGCAGUUCCCAAUUGCUUGUGUGCUCUGUUUGGACGUGCCGUUUGAAGAAAUUAUCAACAGAAUAAGCGGUAGAUACAUUCACCUUCCAAGUGGUAGGACAUAUAACGACAGCUUCAACCCUCCAAAACGCAAGAGACCACUGGAAUGGGUCUUCUUGCAUCUAUCAUUUUGAAGAAACUGCCGAUAUCCACUAGCAUUUACUGUCCGUUGGCGGUAGUUGAUCAAUGCUCUUCACCACUAUAACGGACUGGAUAUGAUGCCAAGCCCUUUCGCAAUAAGUAUUGGUGUCAUAUACGUGCGUUAUUAGUUAUCUAUUGCUUGCCUAUAGACUCCAUUUACCCAUCAAGAAGAUGAACGCAAAAGGACUUCGUAACUGUUUGUCUUCUACGUCAAUCCAUUGACUUCUGUAUGAUGAAUUGCAUGCAGGUGUUGCAGAAGAAAUAACAAUCUUUCACUGAUCUUUUCGAUUGACAACUCAGCAAAAUGGUCCGUUUGUGUCCAAAGUUGGCUUGUUUUUGACGGUCUUCAGGGAUUUGAUGACGUGACUGGAGAACCUCUAGUGCGAAGAGAAGAUGAUGAUCCAGUAGCUGUUCGUAAACGUUUGGAUGUCUAUCAACUUUCUACUCUACCGUUGCUAGAUUUUUAUAGAGAACAAAACAUUUUGCAUAUGUUCCAUGGACGGCGUACAAACGAAUUAUGGCCUCAGAUAUAUAAAGUCUUCUGUCAGUUUGUCAAACCUCUGCAAUAUACUGAAUACAAGGAUUAAAGUGCCAUUUCAGAGUCGGUGUUUUUCUUUUUUAGUUAACUGGAAUUCAUGCCAAGAUAAUAUUUAUAUCCUGAGUGCAAAAUUUUGUGUAUUUCAUUUGUUUAUUACUGUCAUCACAAAAUAAACAUUCCAGA